AUGGCCUCGUCGCUGGCGAGAGUGCGAUGCUGGAGGCCAAUGGUGCAGCGGGCACUGACCGUAUGUCGACGACCUCCAAGUCCCGUUUUGGGGACUGUUGUUAGCUUAAGAUGUAAAUACACAGAGUCUAGUAAGUAUAAGGGAUUCAAGGGCAAGUUUCAGGCCAAGGCUGCUGAGGGUGGCGAGGAGGACGGGGAAGGAUCUUCGCAGGAGGUGGAUUUGGACGACGCCGAGUACGAUGCGGUGGCCAACAGUGCCAUGCACGUCCAGAAGAGGCUACAGAACGAGCAGCACGUGUUUAUCAUUCAGCCGUACGUCAAGUGGGGCCCGAAGAAAGCCGCAACCGAUCCGGAACAUCAACUGCAGGAAGCGGAAGCGCUGGUACGAUCGCUGCCCCGGUGGACCAUCGAGCACAGUCUGAAGGUGCCGCUGGAAUCGCUGGAGAAGCGACAACUCUUUGGCACCGGAAAGCUGGACGAGCUCAAAACGACCCUCCGGAACCUGCAAUCCGCGGGGAAGUCGGUGACCUGCGUUUUCAUCAGCAAAGGAACGCUGACCUUCAGUCAGAAGCAACUACUCGAGCAGCACUUCAAAAUCCCCGUCAUGGAUCGCUACUCGGUCGUGAUCCAGAUCCUCCGACUGCACGCCAUCAGUACCGAAGCCAAGUUGCAGGUGGCCAUGGCCGAGAUUCCGUACAUUUGGUCCCAACUAAAAGACCAGGACGGCAAAGGACGCGUCUACCUGAGCGAAUCCCAAAAGCAGAUGCUCCGUCUACGCGAGCGAAAGCUCAAAACCCAACUAACCGCCAUCCGAUCCCACCGGGAACUCCUCCGCAACAAGCGCAAACAGAAAGCCUACCCGAUCGUGGCCGUCGUCGGUUACACCAACGCCGGCAAGACUUCCCUCAUCAAAGCCCUCACCGAAGAGGAAUCCCUCCAGCCCAAAAACCAACUCUUCGCCACCCUGGACGUCACCGCUCACGCCGGCCUUCUCCCGUCCAAACUCGAAGUGCUCUUCAUGGACACGGUCGGCUUCAUGGCCGACAUCCCGACCGGCCUCAUCGAGUGCUUCGUCGCAACCCUCGAGGACGCCAUGUUCGCCGACCUCAUAAUCCACGUGCAGGACAUCUCCCAUCCAAACCACGCCGAACAGAAAAACCACGUCGAAUCAACCCUCGCCGCACUCCUCAAAUCCACCGGAACCAACAACGAAACCCCCCCGAACAUCAUCAACGUGGGCAACAAGGUGGACCUGCUCCCGAACAACACCCCGCCGUCAGACCUGCACCUCGUCUCGUCCAAAACCCUCGCCGGAGUCAACGACCUGUUGGCGAAAAUCGAGCAGAACAUCCUCGAAUCCACAGGCCGCCAGCGGAUCAUCAUCCGGGUGCCGAUGGGAGGCGCCGAGGUGGCGUGGUUGUACAAGAACGCAGCCGUUACGGAGACGGGCGCCGAUCCGGACGAUAGUCAGCGCAUGUUGGUGAGUGCGGUGAUAACGGAUGCCAAGUUGGCCCAGUUUCGGCACCAGUUUGUGAACAGGAAAAGGUGAGGUUUGAAGUGAGAGGAAAUAAAUAGAUUUG